UCCCUGAUCCACAGAGCUGUGGCCCUAACUGGCAAGGAUAAGAAUGGCUCCCAGCAACAGCUUCAUGGCCCAUGUGGAGGAGAAACUGCUGCCAAAAGAGAAGAAUAAACUGAGGAAGCCGGUGGUGGAGAAAAUGCGCCGGGACCGGAUUAACAGCAGCAUCGAGCAGCUGAAACUCCUGCUGGAGAAGGAAUUCCAGAGACACCAGCCCAACUCCAAGCUGGAAAAAGCCGACAUCCUGGAAGUAGCCGUCGGCUACCUGAAACAGCAGAGCCAGCUGCAGGCACAAAUGGUCAGUCAGAAGAGCCCAGAACAGGAUUUUAACACUGGUUACCUGCAGUGCCUGAAGGAAGCUCUGCAUUUCCUCUCCUACUGUGAGCCUAAGAAGGAAGCUCAGACCCGGCUGAUCAAGCAUUUCUGCAAAGCUCAGACAAUUCCAGACAACCUGUGCUCACCUCCCAUGCAUAGCCCACCUUCAUUGCCAUGUCCGGUACCCAGGAAGCAUCCUUCCCAGAAGAACAUCCCUGUGGCGGUUGCUGCCAUCUGGAGACCGUGGUAGACUGGACAUUUGUGUGUGUGUGUGUGCUGCAAAACCAAAGGGAUCUUUGAUUUAAGGUCCCUCUUUAAAGUAGGAAACUUUGAUUUCCAGGAGGGGGUUUUAUUGUUUGUCAUGAGAAAUGGUCUCUGCAGUAGUUUCCCUUCCUAGUGAAGGAUGGUGUCUGUCUCUUGCAGCAAACAUGCUGCCCUUAUGGGUGGCUCCUAGCUGAAUAGAGGGCCAAGCCCUUUGGCACUUUACAGAGCAAAGCUCCCAUUGGCUUCCAUCAGAGUUUAGCUCAAUAAGGUCCUCUCGCCAGUGCCCUUUGAAGUCAAUGGGACUCUUCAUGGAUUUCUAUGGGCAUUGAUUCAGGAGCUGCUGUGGCCCUAUAUUAGGCAUUGCCCUUCAGACAGGAGAGGCAUCUGAGGCUGUAAUUUGUAUCAUAAAGAGAGGCUAGCCUUUACUUUCUGAGUGAAAGAUUUGAUUCAGAAAUACUGAUGCUUCUGAAGUUCCUAUACUAUUUUAGUAUAAUCUCUUGUGCAAAGUUAUUAUGAUAACGAAUGACUGUAGGAGAAAUUCUCUUAAAAUGCAGCAUGGGUUAAUCUCAGUUGAGGGAUAAUUGAUGCCUUUUGUAAAGGAAGUACCGGCUGUGUAUCUUAAAUAGUGGGAUGGGAGGUGGGAAAUGUGUACUCUACUGUCCUUGACUGAAUGUGCUGAUGAGCUUAACAUGCUUUUAUAAAGUUGCCACGCGUUCAUCAUAUGUGAUGUUGAAAGUGACAUUGGUUCCA